UCCGAGGAGCCACAGUCGAGCCAUGGCUGCACGGGAGGAAGGAGAGGUUUUGCACAGUAAAAUAAGGCACCACGACGGAGCUGGAAGUGUAAACAGCUCAGAGGGCUUCAGGAACGGCUAUGUGAAGAGCUGCGUCACCCCUCUCAAACAGGACCAUCACAGGGGCUUUCUGGUUAACGUGUGCAGGUUUUGCAACGAAGACAUUCUUAAUUCAAAAGUGUUAAAGGUCUCUGCCCUCUACGUCGGCGCGUUUGUAGCCUUCGCGGUGUCUUUCCUCCUUUCUAGGAGCUUGCAAAGUGACUCGCUUUGGGAUUUGCGGACUUUUCUGUCGGGCUUCUCCCAGUCCAUCAGUCCCUUAUUCAGCAUAGGAUGUGCUUUCUUCUUUCUCACCUUUUACCUGCGGAGGAAAAAGAAGGAGAGCGGUAAAUGUUGGCUGGUGUCGCUGCCGGCGUCGUGUUACCUCGGGGAUUUUUUGGUUUUGCGCUUCUUGCAAUGGGGAGAGGACCAGCACCAGAUGCAAAUGGUGGGCAGGUUGUUAUUCGUGUUGGGAUGCGUGGGUCUGCUCACCCUCAUCCCCACGCUGAAGCUCAAACACAGCGUCCUCAUUCUGGUGUUCGCCAGCGUUGUGUGGCUGGUUUCUUUCACAAGUUUGAGCGGUCUGCCCGCGCUGCUCCGGCCGCUCUUCGCCUGCUUUGCGGGGGUUUCGGGCUCCCUGUUGGGGCUCUGCUUCGACCGCUACUACCCGACGAGGGAAGCGCCGAGUGGGGUUUCCUCCGCGGAGGAAAAGGUCCCGGUGAUCAGACCGAGGAGACGGUCCAGCUGUGUUUCACUGGGGGAGACGUCGACCAGCUAUUAUGGUAGUUGUAAAAUGCCCCGCAGACCUUCGCUGCCCUGUAUAUCCAGAGAACAGAUGAUCUUGUGGGACUGGGAUCUGAAGCACUGGUACAAACCACAGUAUCAGGGUGCAGUGAGUGGCAACGGCGUGGAUCUUUCAGUCAUCAACGAGGCCAGGAACCUGGUGUCGGACCUGCUGAUGGAUUCCUCACUGUCGCCGCCCACCAUCUCGGCCCUGCGCAGCAUCUCCAGCCUCAUGGGGACAUUUUCAGGCUCAUGCCGCCCCAGAGUCAACCCCUUCACCCCCUUCCCGGGUUUCUACCCCUGCGAUGAGGUGGAGGACUCUGUAGAGAGGAGUGACAGGAAGACCUUUAAGACUUCCUUUCCCCAUCAGGGUUUGAGCAGCAGAAACAGCCUCCCCACCCCUCAGCCCAGGCGGAGCUCCACCUCCUCCUCCUCGUGCUCUGGGCUCCCUCCUCUUGACUCCGCCUCCUUACGCUGGGAACGCAACAAUGGCAAGAGACCCCACCCUGAACUCAACUUGACCAGCUCAAGCCUGUCUAAUGGGCCCAAUCCAAACCUGCUCACCAUUCCCAAGCAGAGGUCUUCCUCUGUCACCCUCACCUACCAUGCUGGAUCAAGGAGAGCAGGCGCAUCUCCCAGCCUCAGCCCAGUCACCUCACCGAGCCACAGUCUUCUUGCAGGAGGCACAGGUUCCUUGUCGUCCCUCGUCACUCGAUCGCCCGUGGAGUUCCCAGACACGGCCGACUUCCUGACGAAGCCGAGUGUCAAUCUGAACCUGCACAAGCCCUUGGGAUUCACCCUCAGCUCACCUGAUUUCCAGCAGGCCCUCCGUAGCUCCACCUUCCCUCUGUGCACCAGCUGUGGUCGGCAGAUGCUCAAGGGAUGUUCCAGCGGUGAAACAGGGGAAUCCUAUCAACCAUUUACCAGUGAGGCUCAACGCAGGCGCUCAGCAGGUGAAGGGUUGGAUUUCACAGGGGAGCCUCUCAUCAGGGAGGAGAGCGUGGAGGUGGAGGGGUCUGGGGAUGGGAGGCCAGACGUUGCAGGGAACCAGGGGCAGGCGGAGAAGGAGAAGAGCUCCAGCACAGACCAGCAGACUCAGGAAUCAGAGGGUAAGCAGGAGUUCAGAGUAGAUCCUAUGCUGGAGGACCAUGAGGCUCUCAUGGAGAGGAUGAACACCUGGAACUUCCAGAUCUUUGACCUGGUGGACAGAACAGGAGGGAAGAGCGGAAGGAUCCUCAGCUAUGUGACAUACACCCUGUUCCAGGAUACGUGUCUGUUUGAAAUUUUUAAGAUCCCUGUGAGGGAGUUCAUGACAUACUUCUGUGCCCUGGAAAGUGGCUACAGGGACAUUCCCUAUCAUAACAGGGUCCAUGCUACUGAUGUGCUCCAUGCUGUCUGGUACCUGACCACUCGACCAAUCCCAGGGUUCCAGCAGAUUCACAGUGAGCAUGUGACAGGAAGUGACACAGAUUCAGAUAGUGGGAUCUCUCCAGGCAGGAUAUCCUACGCCUCCUCCAAAAGCUCCUCCAUUUCAGAUGACAACUACGGCUGCCUGGCCUGGAACAUACCUGCCCUGGAGCUCAUGGCCCUUUAUGUAGCAGCUGCAAUGCACGAUUAUGACCACCCCGGUCGCACAAAUGCCUUUCUAGUAGCCACUAAUGCAUCUCAGGCGGUGCUGUACAAUGACAGGUCGGUGCUGGAGAACCACCACGCUGCGUCUGCCUGGAGCCUCUACCUGUCCCGUCCCGAGUUCAACUUUCUGGUCAACCUGGAUCAUGUGGAGUUCAAGCGAUUUCGCUUCCUCGUCAUCGAAGCUAUACUGGCCACAGACCUCAAGAAGCACUUUGACUUCCUGGCUGAGUUCAAUGGCAAGGUGAAUGAUGUGAACAGUCCAGGAAUUGAUUGGACCAAUGAGAACGACAGGUUGCUGGUGUGCCAAGUGUGUAUCAAGCUGGCAGACAUCAAUGGGCCGGCCAAAGUUCGUGACCUGCACCUCAAGUGGACAGAAGGCAUCGUCAAUGAAUUUUAUGAGCAGGGCGAUGAGGAGGCUAGGUUGGGAUUACCCAUCAGCCCCUUUAUGGACCGCUCCUCCCCGCAGCUGGCAAAGCUACAGGAGUCCUUCAUCACCCACAUUGUUGGACCACUUUGUAACUCCUACGAUGCUGCUGGCCUGCUUCCUGGCCACUGGAUUCAUGAAGAGGGAUCAGAUGAAGACCCUGAGGAGGGGCAGGUGGACACAGACACAGAUGAAGAUGAGGACGAGGAUGAUGAUCUAGAGGACGAUUUGGCACCAAAAAGGAGGAAGAGCCGUCGCAGGUUGUUCUGCAGCAUCAUGCAGCACCUGACGGAGAACCACAAGGUGUGGAAGAAGACCAUAGAGGAGGAGGAGAAGAGCAAAGAGCUCGGCAAGCAGCAGCAGCCAGACGGCCUCCUCCCCAGCCUGCCAGCCAGCCUGCCCACCUCCCCGUCAGAUGACAUCCAGGUCAUCCAGGAGGAGGAGGAGGGAGAGGAGCGUCAGUAGCAGAAGGACGAAGGAAAGAACAGAGACGCGUGAAGAAGAAGAAGAGAAGAGGCAGUACAAGGACAUGAGUCCCUCAACCACCUGCCUUUCACUAAAACACAAAGAGACGUGAGAAACACACACACACACAGACAGUUGACAAAUGCACAUAAAACACACGUUGCUCCCUCUCUCUCUCUCUCUCCAUCUCUCUCUGACACGAACACACACACACACAUAUUGAAAGAUUCACUGUGCAGACACUCAGAUGCUUAAGCAGUCACAUUGUUUUUCGGAGAAACAAAAAGGCCUUACUACUGUGAGCGGGUCCUUGCUGCAACGGUGGGAGCCCAACUCCUAUGCACUUUCACCCCAUGGAGAGUCGAGUGCAUCUAAAAAAAAAAAAAAAGCACCAGAACUGAGGAGGAAAGGUGCAGAAGAAGAAGAAGAAGAAGAGUGUGGACGGGGUCCAGCAUUGACUUUCCCUCCAUGGUGACCUGGCUGUGAUGCUGCCUUGAAUACAAAGCGCUUACACCUCCCUUAGGUACAAAACAAUUCCUGUCUAUUUAAAAAUGAAAGUUGAAGGAAGAGAGGAAAAACAAUGAAGCAAGCAACAUCAUGAAGCGAUUGAUACCCUUUACCAAAGCGAACAGUUCAAACACGGAACGACAAGAGACUGAGACUGUUUCAGCCUCAAUGUCAGGUAUAUUUUUGAAUUAUAUAUAUAUACAUAUAUAUAUCAAAUGUGCCUGCCUGAACCUUUACUGAGUCCAUAUUGGCCCAGAGCCUAGGCUUGUGUAGUUCUCUCUCCUUGCUGGCGACACAAAACACUGUAUAAGACUCAGUCACAGAGACAUUACUGAAAUGUUGACUGAUUAAUAGCAUUAUAUCUGCAUCAUUUUUGAUGCUUUUACUCAUGUGUACCACCCGUCUAUUUUUUUUUUGGAAGGGGGGGAUUCUUUAACUCUCCUUGCUUCAUUUUGUUUUGAAUGUGUGAAUAUUUUUGGCGGGAAUGUGAUAGAGAGAAUGAGUAGGGAGAAAGAGAGCACAUUUUUAAUUAUAAGUAUGUAAUUUGUGUGUAUGUUUGUGUGUCCUUUCAGUAAUGGUUGAUUUCUAAUCAGUGAAAUGUCCUCUGGUGUUUUAACAUUGAGAUCAGGAGUGCUGUUUCAAUGAAUGGAUUCUUCAUUUUCCUAUUUUGAUUCUAAAUAUAUUUUUUAAAAAGGUUACUCAGGAUUCACGCAAAGUUGAAUAAUUAUUUUGCAAGAAUUUAUGUCAUUAUUAUGAAAUACACUUUAAAAAGUAAGAAAAUUAAAAUCUGGGUGACUGAAGUAGUUUGUAAUCUCUCAAUGAACAAUUUAACUACAAACAAAUUCAAGCAAUUGAAAUCCUCUGUGACAGAGGAGCAUACAGUAUGUGCUGUCUCUCAGCCAUCCGUGCACUGUUUGCAUAACCUUUUUACAACCUCACUGGAGAAAAGCUUAUCUCGAUUCUUAGCAGACUGAGAACGUCUCUCCUGCAGAAACACAGUUUUGGAGUUCUAUAACAGUUUAUAAGGUCAUUUCUUUUUUCUUCUUUUUUUUUAUUCAAUGUUCAAUCUCAUCAGUUUUUAAGCAAACAGUACAUAUUUAUUCAUCUGUGUUUCAGUCAGCAGGCAAACACGGAUGUUUAUAUAAAUAGAAAGCUCACCCAACUCUCAUUUUCCGCAUUAUUUCUUUGUUUUUGCCAAACCCAUAACUCGGCCAGUGUGUAUAGAAGGGAUCCAGGGUUCAUUUCUCUUUAGUUUUUGUUUAUAUAUAUAUAUAAAUAUAUAUAAACUAGUAGUUCUCUAUUUUUGCCUCAAGAACUCUUGGCAUUCCACUAAAAUGAAAUGUUUUAUGAAAGGGAAGGCAGAAUCUGUGCCUAGCUCCUUUAUCACCUUAUAAAAUCAUAAUCUCUGGAGACAAUGUUAAGUAAGCAGUGUAAAUCAACACAUUACUAUUUAAAGACAAAACAAUAGAUACAGGUGUGCACAUUUUAAUACCAAACAAGUGUUUAGCCGCUGUACAAAAGAGUAUGUGCAUAUAAAAAUAUAUAUUUUUUAAAUAAUCAAAUGAAUGCAUCCGUUUUCUACACGCAGCUGACAUGUUGUACAUUGAAAUCCUGUACUUACCGUUGUGUUUCCAGAGUUUUUAUCUACUUCUAUUUACAGGUGUGGAACUGUGGGGUUUGGUGUUAUGAUUUUUUUUUCUCUUGGUUUCAGCCUCUCGCUGUUCUGUCUCAUAACCACUCUUGUAUUCUUCGUUAUCUCUCUCUAUCACUGUUGUCUCAGUCGACCCAACUCGUGCCAAACUUUACCUACAUACAGUAGUUUGUGGGCUGUGAUAGGCUGAUUGGCUAAAUCUCUCUGGGCUCCAGUACUGUUCGUGCAAGAGAAACAUCUUGAGUGAAAUAUUUCACCAGGCUCAAAGUGGCAGUGAUGGUGGCAAGAGUCAGAGUUAGACUCAGGUCAGAGCCAUAUGCAUUCUGACAACUCUGUCCUCAGUUUUAUUUUCACAUGGACCCAUACGGGAUCAUAAAUCCUCGGUAGCUCCCGACCCGACAUACUCCGGCUCAUUAAGUUGUAAAGGUUUGUUGGCUUCUCACUGUGCAGUCUUUCAAACCACAGUGUCCUCUGAUGAUUGUGCCAUAAAUACAUCUAUGAAUGGUUGUUACCCUUAUGUAGCAUCAAUAUACGUACGUUUGUCUAAUGUAACCAUUCACCCUUAUCUACAUUGUGGGGGCAACUGAUUUUUGUUGUUAUUUAUAGCUGUCAUAAAACACCAUCCCUAAAGUAUCAGACGUUCUCAUUGAUUUUUAUUGGUGUGAGUGUGUGUCUGUAUGAACUUGCAAUAUACUAUAAUAACACUGCCUUUUUUUGUGUCCAUUCCAGCCCAAAUAAACAGAGGAGUAUAUCCUUAAA